UACCUGCUGAUUCCUGUUUCUGUCAAAGUAAACAAAAAUCUAUUCUUUAUCUUGUGUGUAUAUUUACACAGGACUAUCAUAACAAGUGAAUAAUGUAUUAUUUGUCCGUGUAAAGAACUUCAACAAGUCAAACAAUGUCGAAGAAAUUAGCGGAUACUUUUCAACCCAAGAUCACUCGAAAUGAUCGCUUUGCCCAAAUGUCCCAACAGGAAAAGAUGAUUGAACAAAAGAAAAAGGAGAUAUUGGCGAAACUGGAGGCCAAGCAAAAAGCAGCUGCUGAAGCUGGUAAAAGCACAAAUUCCAACUCAAAAACUAAUAAAAGUCCUGUUCCAAAAGAAGACCCAAAAAAGCAACUUAAUGUAUUUACUAAUGAUGGAUCAUUCUUAGAUCAGUUCAAACAAAUGAAAGACAAGAGACUGGAUUCUAAAUUAAGAUCCUUCAAAUCUAAAGAUAUGCACAGUGAUGAUCACAAAAGUCGAUGGUCACAACGAAAUCGUCGCUCUCCUUCACCUAAGGAACGACCGAAGCCCCGUAUUUCUCGUUUUGAUCGCCAAUCACCAUUCGAGCAAAAGAUUACAAUCAACACGUCGUCUUUCUCGACCCCACUUAUGAAUCAGCAACAUCCACCGCCUCCGUUACUGCCUCCUACAACAUACGAGCUUGUUACACAACAUCCUCCACCUCCCGUUUCUUUAUCACCUCAAAACGUUACCAACGUAACUGGUCAGCCUUUACUAAAAAAUAUCGUUGGUCCGUUCACAACGACUGUGACUCAAACCACAGAACCUGUGAUUGCGGCACCUCCUGUGCUUAUCAAUGUGCCACCUCCCCAGAUUGUUCAAGGCCCGUUGGUACUACCUAAUACACAACAAACCGUCAUCGUUCAGGCUCCCACCUCAGUGGCACUUCAACCCAAUACAGUGUUGACAACGGUAACAUUACCUCCCCCAAACAUUCUCCAACCACAAACAUUAACGGUAUCUGCUCCCAACGGACUUACUGUGACUGCACCUGCAGCUCUACCAGUACCACCUCCGGUUCCUCCGCCACCUACAUCUUUACCAGUACUCUCAGCUGUCGAGUUAGCGUCGAUUCCACCUCCAAAUCCAAUUCAAGUGCAGAACAUACCUCAGCCAGAACCUCUAAAUCCAAUGAACAUUCCCCACCCAGCACCGAUUCAAGUACAGAACAUCCCCACACCUGGCUCAAUACAACUGAACGAAAUCCCUAAUCCGAAACCUUUAGAUCUAAUGAACAUUCCAACGCCAAGCGAAGAUAAAAGUAUAUCCGAUCCAGACUUCAUCAAAAAUAUACCUCCUCCCAACAAAUCCGUCCCACCUCCUACCUUACCGGAAGUUACACAGGCGACGCUGGUUCAACAGCAGAAUCUCCUCCCACCCAACAUGUUACCAGUGUCAGUGCCCGGUCAAAAUCUUACCGUUCAACAGAACGUACUAGUCCACACGAUACCGCCACCCCAGCAAAUCCAGUCGUUGCAACCGCCAAACUCUUUUACUUCUAUAUCAGUUGCGUUGCCUGUCGAUGUCGUUCAGGCCACCACAGUAGCCACAGUGGCCAACACAAUACCCUCUCUUAUGGCACAACCGAUAUUGCCGCCUCCAGGCAUGAAUGUUGCUAACGUUAACGUGAACUGCCCACCACCUCCAACUAUAAUUACAUCAGGAGGCGUGGUCCUGCCUCCACCGCCGGCACAUUUUGCUAAUCAACCGCCACCUAUGACAAAUCAAAUGCCACCGAUACAUGUGCCUCCCCCUAAUGCGCCUCCGCCUCCACCCGGUCUUGUGAUGGGCACCCCCUCAGGAUUCAAGGAUUUAAAUGCAGUAUUUCCUCCAGGUACUCCAGAUUACGAGGCGAUGGCGUCCUUGGGACGCAUGGUGGCGCAGUGCGGACCCGGCAUUGAGGACGUCGUUAGACAGCGUAAAACCCAAGAUCCCAGCCUCUGGUUCCUGUUUCACAAGGAGUCCGCCGCAUACAGACAGUAUCUACAGUUGGUCGAACAGUUCAGGAGGGAGACCCAAGUGGACCCAGCUGAGGCCUAUGACCCAGAAAAAACUACCGAUGACGUGGAUAUAAAAACAGAACCGGAAUGUAAUGAAUCUCAAGGAGGAAAACGGAAAAGGAAAAGCAGAUGGGGUGAUAAAGAUCCAAAUGUUCCUGCACCUGUAGUAAUACCCAUUGGUGCUCCCCCAGUAACAAACAAAGGUCCAGUGAUGUUAUCCAAAAUUUCGCGGACAGAUCCGGGGUUAAUUCAGUACGCAAUUACUACUUACGGAUCUGCAAAUCUGAGCGAAGAAGAAUGGAAGAAAGCUGAAGAUCACUAUAAGAUUAGCCUUCUGUAUCAAGAUAUGAUGAGAAAGAGGGCGGAGCUAGAAAGACUGAGGGAGCAGGGUAAAAACAAAUACGACUACGAUUCAGACGAAGAGACUGAAGGUGGUACCUGGGAACACAAAUUAAGAGAUAAAGAAAUGAUGGCGACUCAACUGUGGGCGCAAGAAUUGAACAGACAAGCAGAAGGCAAACAUCACAUUGGAGAUUUUCUACCGCCUGAUGAGUUGAAAAAAUUCAUGGAGAAGUCAACAGCGGUGAAGGAAGGCAGACAGCCUAACCUUUCUGAUUACAAAGAAUUCAAAAUUAAGGAAGACAACAUCGGAUUUAAAAUGUUGCAAAAACUUGGUUGGACAGAAGGUACUGGACUCGGACAAAAAGGAUCCGGCAUUGUUGAUCCUAUCAACAAACCUGCAAACAGAGAGCAAAACCAAGGAUUAGGGUUAAAUCAAGUGGAAGAAGAUGAUGAUGAAUAUGAAUCUUAUAGGAAGAGGAUGAUGUUGGCAUAUAGAUUUAGGCCAAAUCCACUGGUUGAAUAAUCCCAGGAGGCCAUAUUAUUAACUUUUGUAUAUAGAUUUCAUUAAAGAGACUAUAUGGAGCUUAUUAGUGUUAUCAAUAGAAUUGUACAUAGAUUUGUUAUAAUAAAGAUAUAAAGUUUA